GUGAAUGUAACCCAAUUUAGGAAAAUUUUUAUUCCUGAGUCAGGGUUGUUUGUAUUGUACUUCCGGUGUCAGAGCUCGCUCGUCUUCGCAGCGGAAGUCAACGGCGAGAAGUUACGAAGAAAAGCAUCACAAAAAACACCUAAAAUUACAUUUAAAGCAUGUCCCAUACCAUCCUGCUAGUGCAGCCUACCAAGAGGCCGGAAGGAAGAACAUAUGCUGACUAUGAAUCGGUCAACGAGUGCAUGGAAGGCGUGUGCAAGAUGUACGAGGAGCAUUUAAAGAGGAUGAACCCCAACAGCCCAUCCAUAACGUACGACAUCAGCCAGCUGUUUGACUUCAUCGACGACCUGGCUGACCUCAGCUGCCUGGUGUAUCGUGCCGACACCCAGACGUACCAGCCAUACAACAAAGACUGGAUCAAAGAGAAGAUCUACGUGCUGCUUCGUCGGCAGGCCCAGCAGGCAGCGAACUGAAGGGGGCGCUGUGUUUUUUUCCCCAGCUGUUUUGUCUGUGUGUGUGUGUGUUUUUUUCCCCCAGUUGAAAGUAUUUUUAUUGUAGGUUGACUUAUAAAUAAAGAUUUGCUUUAAAUGGCAAACAAGUCUUUGUUUUUGAUCCCUGGAUGUUGGUUUGUUCAUUUUGAAGAUGACGUAAAGUUCCAACAAAUGUAAUUUUUUUUUUCAAAAGUAAUUUUUGUUGUAUUGUUUUUUUUUUGUGU